AGGCACGCGCCCCCGCCCAUCAAGACUCCGGAUGCUUGUGAGGUGCAGUCUAUGCGACAACAUUCCAACAGAAUACACUUCUUUCGUUCGCGGAGGACGAAUCGGAUGGAGAAAAGAAUCUGCUCUGAGAAGGCUAUCGCGGUACCCUGGAAAGCGGCCGGAAUAAGCACGCCCCCGCCCCGGAAGUGAGGGGCUUCUGGCGCGGUGCAUUGUGGGGGGCGUAGUCCUCCUUUCCGGGCGGUUCUUCGCGGCGUCCCCGGGGCCGACUCCGGAGCGCAGGCAGGCGGGUGGCCGGGCGGGCGGCGCGGUGCGGCGCGGGCCAGCGGAAAUCGUAUUCUGGGCACGGGGCGCCCGGCCUGUCCGACUGCUCCUGGCGGCAGUAGUGGGAGGCCGCCCAAGGCCUCGCGCGGCGCGGCCCGUCGAGGGGCUGGCGGCGGCGGACCGACCGGACCGUCGAAGAGCGCAGGAGGCCGGUGGGCCGGGCCGGGCCGCGCGGCGCAGCCAUGCCUGGCUUUACGUGCUGCGUACCAGGUUGCUACAAUAAUUCGCACCGGGACAAGGCAUUGCAUUUCUACACAUUUCCCAAGGAUGCUGAGCUGCGGCGCCUUUGGCUCAAGAACGUGUCCCGUGCUGGCGUCAGUGGGUGCUUCUCUACCUUCCAGCCCACCACGGGCCACCGUCUCUGCAGCGUUCACUUCCAGGGUGGCCGUAAGACCUACACAGUGCGCGUUCCCACCAUCUUCCCGCUGCGCGGCGUAAAUGAGCGCAAAGUUGCGCGGAGACCCGCAGGGGCAGCAGCCGCCCGCCGCAGGCAACAACAACAACAACAGCAACAGCAACAGCAGCAGCAGCAGCAGCAGUCGUCACCGUCCGUCGCCAAUGCUCAGACCGCCCAAUUGCAGCCGAACCUGGUAUCAGCCUCCGCAGCGGUGCUUCUCACUCUUCAGGCAGCUGUAGACAGCAGCCAGGCUCCGGGACCUGUGCCGCCCGCGCCCACCACUCCCGCGGGAGAAGAUGUGAAGCCCAUCGACCUUACUGUGCAGGUGGAGUUCGCAUCCGCAGAGGGCGCAGCAGCCGCCGCCGCCGCGUCGGAGCUAGAAGCUGCUACAGCAGGGCUAGAGGCUGCCGAGUGCCCUAUGGGCCCCCAGUUGGUGGUGGUAGGGGAAGAAGGCUUCCCUGAUACUGGCUCCGAUCACUCUUACUCGUUGUCGUCAGGCACCACGGAGGAGGAGCUCUUGCGCAAGCUGAACGAACAGCGUGACAUCCUGGCGCUGAUGGAAGUAAAGAUGAAAGAGAUGAAGGGUAGCAUCCGCCACCUGCGUCUCACCGAGGCUAAGCUGCGCGAAGAACUUCGAGAGAAGGAUCGUCUGCUUGCCAUGGCUGUAAUCCGUAAGAAGCACGGAAUGUGAAUGGGUUGUUCUAUGGCCUGAGGAACUCCUGGACUCCUUCCAGCCCAAGGAAUCCUCAGACGGAUGUUGAACUCCCUUUAUUUUAGUUGACAGUACUGAGGCUUAGCUGGACUCUUGCUGGUGAUCUGAUACCCUCACUUGUUUCCUCCUGAAGCAGGAGUUUGGAGCUUGAGACUCUCCACUGGUGACACCAGCAUUGUGACUUUGUCUGCCUUUCCUCCCCAGUUCACGUUGCAGAUUCUGGUUAAAGCAGAGGCUUCAGAACCACUGAACUUGAAACAUCCUGGAGGGAUGCAGGUGGGAUGCCCAGGGACUGUGGGUUUGGGAAAACCACAUCUUAAGGUUGGCUAGCAAUCAGAGACAACUCUGCUGUGUGUAGUGAUAAGAGAUCCAAUAACAUCAGUUCUCCUUUUCAUGCUUACCCUUUCCAGGUCCAGCCUAUGAUUCUGACGGGGACUAGUUGAUCUGUGCCUCUGCCUCUUGGGACUUCUACUGAAGGGGCCAUUUGCAAGGGGAUCUGGGUGACCUGUUGAUGGAGAUUCAGCUUGCCAGGGAGUUAGGUUUAUCCUGUUAUGUUUGCUACUGGUUACAAAUUCUAUUUUCUGUACAAUUAGUCAGACUAAAGUUUUCACUGUGUUUGUUUGGCAAAAAUUAAAAAGUAAGGUUUUUAUUUGAGUUUCACUAUUUUAUUUUUAUGAAAAUUCAGCUAAGUGCCCAUGAAAUACAGGGAACUAGGCCUUGGCCUGUUUGAAGGACCAGGCUGACCUUGAGAAUAGAGAUGCUUCAAUGAUGAGAUUUCUCCAUAA